AUGUCCACCAACCCCAUCCUCCUCCUAGAUGGCGCAUUAGGAACUGUUCUCGAGAAGGCCCCCUACAACAUCCUCUUCAACGAAAACACCCCGCUGUGGUCCUCACACCUCCUCCUGACUCAUCCUGGUGUCCUCCAAGCUGUACAUGGCUCUUACGUCGAUGCCGGCGCAGACAUCAUUCAGUCUGCCACAUACCAAGCAAGUGUUGAAAGAUUCGCCAGAACCUUGAACCCUGAUUCUCCAGAUAUGGAUCAGACAUACUCGGAAUCCGAAGCAGCGCGAUACUGCCGUUCUGCGAUUCCGCUAGCCCGAGCUGCCUUUCCGCUCCAGAGCCAGCUUCAGAACCCGAGGCACAACCAGUCACGUCUCGCUUUAUCCCUAGGUCCCUAUGGUGCAACCAUGUCCCCGAUAACGGCGGAAUACACCGGGCUGUAUCCGAGUCAUAUGGACAGCGUACCGGCGCUGGGAGCGUGGCAUGGUAAGCGGCUGCAGAUCUAUGCGGAUAAUGCUGGCACAUGGUCGGGAGUCGAGUAUGUGGCGUUUGAGACGGUGCUGCGAUGUGAUGAGGUGUUGGCGAUUCGCAAUGCCAUGCAGCAGGUGCUUUCUGUAAAGGGCCCGGGGCCUGAAGGAAAGAUAUGGUGGAUCAGUGGCAUCUUUCAGCAGGUUGAUGGGGAGGACAUCCGUCACUGGAUUGAGGCUGCGUUGGGGACGGGGAAUGGCUGGCCUCAACCGUGGGCGGUUGUGGUGAAUUGUACGCGCUUGGAAAAUGCGGAACGGGCUGUGGAGUUAAUGGAAGCGGAAGUCGUGAAACUGAAGUCGUCGAGAAGGCCAUGGCUGGUCCUUUAUCCCGAUGGAACUCAGGUCGAGGUAUUUGAUACUCGAACAAAAAGCUGGGUCGGGGAUAGCGAGCUGGUGGUGAAGCCCUGGGCGGAGAGAUGCUGGAGGGUUCUCGAGGAGAUUCGGCGGAGGGGCGUAUGGGGGGGCAUCGUAGUCGGGGGGUGUUGUCGGACUGGGAUUGAGGACAUCAAGGCGUUAAGGGGGAGAAUUGAGCAGUCUGGAAAGUAG